GUGUUAUCGAAACUAUACACUGAUGUAUCAAAUAAUUAAUAGAUAAACAAGAAUCAAAUAAUAAUAAUAAUAACAAUAAUACUCGCCAAUAGUUUGAUUUGAACACAUACCUCUGAUUCUACUUUUCUCUUCUUUGGUUUAUGAAUAAAGGUUAGAAAAUUGUAUCAUUUUGCCUGUGUUUUGUUAUAACCAAUACAUAUAUUAUCAAAACCAGUCUAAUCAAACAGUAUACAUUAUGAAGAAUUAUAAUGUCGUUGUUGAAGCUAAUGAAUUACCACCUGAACGUAAAGCUACAGCAUUAACUCUGUGUAUACAAGCUUUGGAUUAUUAUAACAACGAGAAGGAGGUAGCCAUGUUUAUGAAGAAGAAUUUUGAUAAACUCUAUGGACCUACUUGGCAAUGUAUUAUAGGACAUGAAUUCGGCUCGUCAAUAACGCAUGAUGAAAAAUGUUUUAUUUACAUACACUGUGGGCCAGUCAGUCUCCUGCUAUUUAGGUGUACCGGAUAA